CCCACCUCUACCUGGGUUGGCCGGCAGGCAGGCGACGGAGGCCCGGCAACCAUGGGCGACUGGAGUUUCCUGGAAAAGCUGCUGGACCAGGUCCAGGAGCACUCGACUGUGGUGGGCAAGAUCUGGUUGACGGUGCUGUUCAUCUUUCGGAUCCUCAUCCUGGGCCUGGCCGGUGAGUCGGUGUGGGGCGACGAGCAGUCGGACUUCGAGUGUAACACGGCCCAGCCAGGCUGCACCAAUGUCUGCUAUGACCAGGCCUUCCCCAUCUCCCACAUCCGCUACUGGGUGCUGCAGUUCCUCUUUGUCAGCACGCCUACCCUGGUCUACCUGGGCCAUGUCAUUUACCUGUCCCGGCGUGAGGAGCGGCUGCGGCAGAAGGAAGGGGAGCUGCGGGCUCUGCCUGCCAAGGACCCCCAAGUGGAGCGGGCUCUGGCGACCGUGGAGCGUCAGAUGGCCAAGAUCUCGGUGGCGGAGGAUGGGCGCCUUCGGAUCCGUGGGGCACUCAUGGGCACUUACGUGACCAGCGUGCUGUGCAAGAGCGUUCUAGAGGCAGGCUUCCUCUACGGCCAGUGGCGCCUCUACGGCUGGACCAUGGAGCCCGUGUUCGUGUGCCAACGCGCACCUUGCCCCUACCUCGUGGACUGCUUUGUCUCCCGCCCCACGGAGAAGACCAUCUUCAUCAUCUUCAUGCUGGUGGUCGGACUCAUCUCCCUGGUGCUCAACCUGCUGGAGCUGGUGCACCUGCUGGCCCGCUGCCUCAGCCGGGGGAUGAGGGCAAGGCGGGGCCAGGAGGCACCCCCAGCUCAGGGCGCCUCCUCAGACCCUUACUCUGACCAGGUCUUCUUCUACCUCCCUAUGGGCAAGGGGCCCUCAUCCCCACCAUGCCCCACUUACAAUGGGCUCUCAUCCAGUGAGCAGAACUGGGCCAAUCUGACCACGGAGGAGAGACUGGUUUCUUCCAGUCCCCACCUCUUCUUGGACCCACCCCCCCAGAGUGGUCGGAAACUCCCCAGCCGCCCCAGCAGCUCUGCCUCCAAGAAACAGUAUGUGUAGGAGCCUGGGGCUUAUGUGUCCCAACAGAAGGGCCUUGGAAAGUCUGGCUGCCUUGGACGCUUCCUUCUUUAAGACUCUCAGUGGUGGCUGGAGCUGGGGGCCUCAUUGCAGGUUGUUUUUGAACACCUGGGUGCCUUCCUGGGACCAGAGGGCACCAUGGCUUCCUCUCCAGAACAUUACUUUGUCCCAGGCACAGACACAGCUGGCUUAGGUUGGUCCUGGCCAAGGAUGUCAUGGGCCCUCUGGCCUUUUCCACCUGGUCCAGAGGAUUCCAGAGUCGACUAGCCCCAUUCCCACCCUCAUGGAAGAUUCACCUCAGCCCAGGUGGUCCUCACACCCUCUCCUCACAGGAAAAGGCUGGUCAAGGCUGCUGGGUCGGCCUCGAUCAUGCAGAUAGACAGAGCCUUUGAUGGCAGGCGGUGCAGGGAUGGGGGAAGGCUAUGGGUCUGGAGCUGACCCUGUCAAGAGGACGGGGCCUUGUUCUCAUCACUCCUUCCCAGUUCCACUGUUUAUGCUUCUAAAAUAAACAGGACUUGAUCACAAGCUGGGUGUGUAUUAAUGCGGCCGGGAUGG